UUCCUGGGGUCGAGGCUGAUUUUAUUAAAAUACAAUGUGAAUUGUGUGCCGGACGAUUGAAGUUGUCGAGUCACAAAAACCCUGAUUACAUGCAAAAAGGGUUCCCUAAUAUAUUAUCGAAUCUCGCCAGUCCACCGAUUGGCGAAAUUCUCGCACAUUGCAUAGGAGUGGCGUCGUUGUUCGCUUUUUAAAGACCCGAAAACAUGGCACAGAUCGUUGGGAGCACGAACAGCUGUUGGAGGCCAUUUUCUCAUCGCACUUUACUUGGGAUUGUCUGCCUAGUGGUCUGCUGCUUGCAUCACUUUGUUCACGCUGUUGAAGAAGAGAAGAGAGGAAAGCAGUUACUGCCCACAUGCACUAUGGACCAGUUCCACUAUGUGUACACAGAAUGUGAUAAAAAUGGAGUGAGGUGGCGUGUUUCUGUCCCUCAGCCUAAUGUGUGUGUGGGCGGAGCACCAGAGCCACCCACACGUGCAGUGGAUUGCAAUUUCUCCUGUGGCCCCGGUGAGUACCUAGACAGGAACGACACCCAGCAGUGUCUGAAGUGCAAGCCAGGGAGCUUCUCACUGGGUGGGGGUAAGGUCUUUGAGGACUGGACUACCCUCCCUGACAGUUUCACCAUCACCGGUGGGGAAGAUGACUACCGGAGUCAUUCUAUGGAGGAGGAUGACGAUUACAAAUCUUGCAACAACUCGGUGUGGGAGGUGAAGGGAACCCACAUCCGCUCACCGGGUGACAACUGCAUCUCCAAGCUCAUCUUUGCUGCCAACCUGAUGAAAGAGGGCUACGUUGAGUUCACCUACUCCCUGGCCACGGACGACACCAUCUUCCACGUGUCGGUGACCAAUGAACAGUGCGAAGCAGACACAAUGGGUAACAGAUGGCCUGAGGCAACGGGUGAAGGCACAUGGAACAAAUACAGGAUACCACUGGAUGCUGGAAUGAACGUGAUCACCUGGAAGACUGUGGGCAUCGGCUUCACCAACGAGCACAACACAAAGUCCAACCCGGUCCUUAUCAAGACAAUUAAGAUCAUGGGGCUGAGCUUCACCUCAGAGUGCACCUUGGCCAAGCCAGGCACCUACGUCAAGGACCCCGGUGCUUCGGGGUACGAAUUGUGCCCAGCCAAUACAUUCUCAGCCUCCGCCGGAGCAUCUAAGUGCACGGACUGUGAUGUCACCACCCAUUAUUCAAAACCCGGUGCUCGUGAGUGCAUCGCUAAGAAACCCUGCACUGACUUGGAUUACUACAAAACCCAUACCCCAUGCGAUGCCAAUAAUCAGACCCAAAUCCUGUACAAGUGGAUCGAGCCCCGCAUGUGUCGCAGUGACGUAACUGGCGCCAAGCAGCUGCCACCAUCCAGCAAGUUAGAACAGUGUCCACCGUGCAACCCUGGCAUGUCGGUCUUCAACCAAACCGUCUGCACCUUCUGUCCCCAGAACAUGUUUUCCGAUGGCACCUCUCCUUGCAAGCCAUGCCCAUCAAACACGGCUCCAGUGUACGGAAUGAAUUACAUCCGAUGGCACAUGAUGCCACCCAACAUGGACGCCACGUGCCUCAGCCUGUCAGGUUUUGGCUGCUCAGACGAGGCCGGCUGGCAGCUGGCCGAUGACCACAUCCACAGUGGUAAGGGCCAUGCGGACGACGUGUACCUGGUGCUGGACCUGGGCCUGGAGGGCAUGCAGACGGAGGAGGGCUACUACGAGGGCAAGGCCGAGGAGCUGGGCGUGCUGUCCUUCUGGUUCAGCUUGGAGUGCACCAGUGACUGUGCCCUGUUCUUUGUCAGGGAUGACGCGGAUGGGUCGCCGAUCAUCGAGGAGUGGACUGGGACGCAGUCCAAGCAGGAGUACAGGUAUUCCAUCACGAAGAAAGGACGUGUCACAUUUAGCUGGGCCUUCCAGAAGACUGACAUCUCAGAUUACUCCCACGAACCAGCCUACAAGUACCGCAACGAUGUUGCCAAGAUCUACAGUGUGACAGUCACCAACACCAUCAACGGUGGUGCAGUGGAGUGUAAGAACUGUCCCCGGGGCAGUAAUGUCAAGGGCUGCAUACCGUGCGAGGCUGGACACUACAUAGCCAAUGACACUAACAAGUGCAUACCAUGCCCGAAGGAUACUUACCUGAGGGCCAACAACCCUUACGGUCCAGAGGCCUGCGUGCCCUGUGGUCCAGGCAUGAAGAGUGACGACGGAACCAGCUGCUACAGUACCUGCCACGUCCAUACGGACGGACUCCACUACGAACUCGGCAAACUCGCCGGGGUCCAAUCUGUGCAGACUGGUGCUAGUUUCACCGCCAGGGGCAGUCGCUUCUUCCAUCAUUUCAACAUCAGCCUGUGCGGAACCACCAAAGGCCAAGGCAGCGCCGCUUGCUAUGAGAACGUCACCGACGUGGGUGAAUCUACAGACCCUAGUUUUAAGAAGAAGCUCACGGAUUACGAGGUCAACAGCGUUGAAGGCUACAUCUGUCGGUCCACGAUCAUCCCACCGCCAUCUAGAAAUGCAGGUGUGCUGUCAGCUCAGCCAAUCAGCCUGGGCGACCGUCUGGUCGGCAUCACCAGCAACAACUCGCUGAAGAGCCUGAACGAGACCAUCUUCCUCUCAGUGGAGGGCAGUCCCAGGGACCUCCACUUCUUCUACCAUUCUGCCUGGCCGACCCUGGCCUGCCCGGAAGGCCGCAGCACCAUCAUCACCCUCCGCUGCGACCCCUCGGCCACAGGCUCCGGCUCCUUCCAUCUCCCUGAGAAAUGUCCCUCGGGCACCUGCGAUGGCUGUGCCUUCCACCUGCUGUGGCGCAGUGAGCACGGCUGCCCACUCUGCCACGAGGGGGACUACAAGACCAUCAAAGGGGAGUGCGUGGACAGCAAGCAGGAGAUACAGUUCAUGUGGAAGAGCCCCAAGUUCUGCACCGGCGGCAACCCCCUUCCCAAGGACCUGACUAAGCCCUGCCAGAUGCAGCCCUGGUACAGCCAGGUGCCCUGGUACGCUCAGGCCUCCAUCGCUGCCUUCAUGGGCUGCGUAGUUCUCCUCAUCACGUGCGCCCUCUACUUCUGGAAGCGCAACCGAAAACUGGAGUACAAAUACCAGAAGUUGGUGGCUUCGGCCAACGGGGAGCUGCCAGCGGCCGAGACCUGCGCCAUCGAGGACGGCGACAACGAGGACGAGGUCUUGUUUGAGGACGGCGGCAAGAAGUCCCGGAGAUUCUUUGGCAAGUUUCUGUCCAGGGACAGCAAUGAGAAGGGUUUCCUCCUCGAUGAAGGGGACAUGGGCGUGGCACCAGAAGUAUUGGAGAUGAAACCAGCCAAGCCCCUCUCAAAAAUCUGAGCCCAACAUUCCUGCAUGCCCCUCGGAAGUGCUCAGAAUUUUGUAUAAAAAAAAAAAACAGAGAGGACAAGCUGCUCGAUUCUUCCAUGUGGUGCAAGUUUGUAUAAACCGUGUCACUUUCCAAUAUUACUUUAUUUCAUAUUGAAUCCCUGGUCAAGGUGAUAUGCUUGUUUAAGAAACAUAAACUCACUUUUUUUUUCCUUUUUUUGGGGGGGAUAUAAGGCUGUUCAGUUUCUACCCAUGAUGUCCAGUGAAGUAAUGCAUAUCGCACUGUACAUGUAUUUCCAAGCAUGGAUACGUGCAUGUUAAUUUCUGCCAUGCAUAAACCACAUGCAGGGCUUGACCAUGGACACAGUCCACUGGAAGGUUCCAUGCACCUUUUGUGUACAUGUGCCCACACCACCAUAAUGUUCGAGUUGUGGGAUCUUGACACCUGCGGCAUAUUACUCCUGGGUAUUGUGGGAAAGACAAUUGAAACGGGAUUGAUAAUCUCAAAUUUAUUCAGAUUGAUAGCUUUAGGCUACAUCAAACCCAUCAGUGUGCUCAUUUUCCGAUCUUGUUUAUUGACCUCAACGCAGCCAUAUGCAUGGUAGCAUGAUCAGUAUCGCAUUUACAAGAUUUUUUUCUGAAAUGACCGUACUGACAUGACUGAGAGGUGAAAUGCAAAGUCAUCAAUCUUCCGCCCCAAUCCCCUGCGCAUUUUAGCUCCUGGGCUUCCGAAAUUCCCUCCAACCCCACACUGUGCCCUGCAAACUGGGUGGAGACAAAUUUUAUUCAUUGCACUUUAGGGGUGUGAAAUUCUGCCAGAUUUAGGGUAAUGAGAAACAAACAGGUUUUCUUUCAAGUUGUACGGAGGGGAUCCAAUUGUCGGUUUCAUUAACAAAUACGUGGCUAGUUUACAUCUGAAAUAAUUUGUCAGGGUACGCUAAAGGGCACAUGACCCUGUAUUAUCAAAUUUGACGUGAAUUUUUUGCAUCGAGGGUAUAGUUUGUAACAUCAUUGAAGCUGCUGAACAAUUAAUGGGGUGCUUCAAAUAUCCUGGAGUUUUAUGAACUUAGUAUCUCGUGUAUGGUCUUCAGUUAAGCUUAAGACUGUCCAAGUCAAUAUAAGUAACACUGAUUAAAUUGAAUAAUUGUAUGCAUAUUUUGUGUUCGCCAAGUAUUGAAAGACGCUUUCAGCCUGCAAAAAAACACCCUUAGUUUGGAUGACGGUUUGCAGGGUAAUCUUAGCUAGGACAGUGUCUUCUCUUCAAGUUCAUUGGUGGACAUGAAUUCCUAAUAUAAUGAAGGGUUACAUAUAUGUAUAGGCAAAAGCACACUAUAGUUAUUUCUCAAUUAUAUCAGUACUGUAACAUAAUUGGGUGAUAUUCAGCUAAUAUAUUCAGUUCUUACACGUAUUCAAUAUUUUACAGUGUAAACUGUGUAUUGAUUUAUAUGUGAAAUAAAGCCUUUAUUAAGUCAUGUACUGUGACAAUUCCUGCCCUUUAUUUGCAACCCAUAUGUUGUAGUUCGCAGCCACCCGUACUCUGCUUGUUCAAUGGGUCAGACGGAUUUGUAGUAAUCUACGUUGAGUGUAAUUAAAGAUUUAUCCUUUUUAGUUAUUCACACGCAUUCUGCAGUCUAUAUACAUGAGAUUGUAAUUUUUAAUUUCAGCAUAAAGAUGUACUGUAGUUUUUCUAUUCAAUUCAACCAAAAUGCUUAUUGAGUAUUUUAGCCGUGUCUUUGGAAGCGAUCUCUUUAUAUUAAAUUUUUUGUGCUCGGCAUUUUGGCUGGAUUUUCCUACCAUUCCAUUUGCUUAAUUUAUUUUCUUCACUAUACCAACGCACGAUUCAGGGUUACGGUGGUGUUUGUACAUAACUUGUCCAUACUAGGUGCACUGGGCAAAGGGUACUAGUCUUUUGUAAAAGUUGAUAUUUUCAACAAUCAACAUUAUUUAUGGCAUGGUAAUGGACUGAAUGAACAUUGGGUUUUGUAGAUUGUGGUUAUAUUUUACUUUCAAAUAUGGGGUACAUUAGAGAUAGACUUAGGCAUGCGUACUGCACAGUUGUUCAUUUUGUAUCGGAUGUUGGUGGUUUAUAAGUAGUGAUUAUUACCAGACAAAUUUGUUCGUUACAUGCAUGAAUAUAAAUUAUAUGUGGUAAAAAAAAGAGCCACUUUAUAAAUAUGCAUAUGUAAGACUGAUAUUUUUCUUUCUAAAACAAAGUGCAGCCCUGAAUACCUUUGGCAGAGUGGAAGAUGCAAGUGCUGAUUAUUUUUGGGAAGAGUUACCAAUUGCUAUGUGGGAAAACUUGUUUUGCAGAAAAGACUUUCAUCUCUGUGAAGUGAAUAUUAUAACAUUUGCUUUAAAAAGUAAAUUCGGUUGUCCCAAGGUGUCUGUACACAGUGACACUCAUCGUGGGUCAUUUGAGAUUAUCUUCAAAUAAACUUGAAUCCUUGAUUCUGGUUGUUGAUCCAUAGCAGCCAACAAUGUGACACAUUAUUGUAUGGUUCAUAUCGCACUCCGGGCAUUGCGCUGUUCUUCGCGCAUUGCGCUGUUUUUUUUGCUUCACCACUUGAAGCCGGAUGACAUGUAUACACAGACAGUUUGCCUUAUUUGUUCCACGGAGGACAUGUACUUUCAUUUAAGAAUUCUUUUUCAUUUAUGUGGUUGACGUCGUAACACGGGCUUGGUUGGAUCAAAGCACUGAAGAUGAUUAGACGUAGGCGCUGCUACUCAGUGGACCCACCACCAACCAAUAAUAAAACACAAACGCCUUUCUUUAGUAAUCAAAAAACUGAAUUGGGGAGCUCACACCAUAAAAUUGAGGGCGCACCAGAAUUUUUACCAGGGCAGUUAAAAAAAACGGGGAAGAAUGGAAAUACUGAUGCCUAAACUCAAGAGCUGUGCCUCCCGACAUAUUUAUGGACAUCAUAAUUAACUUGCAAUUUUGAAGAAAUUGUGGGGAAAAACCCACCCCAGCAGCUUUUUCUGGUAAGAAAAUCCGACAUGAACUGGUUAAGCAAAACACACGGCUGCAAAAUUCAUUGUUAAUUCAAAGACGGCGUGUUUGUGCCCCAUGCUGAUUGUCACAUGUUUAAAUCAUUCUGGUACCCAUCAGUGAAUGAAAUCGCGGAAUUGUGGUACAUGUGGAGGCCUUGCCUGUGUAAUUUUGUCAUGCACGUUUGCUUUUGUCUUUUAAUUUAUUUUCGUGUACAUUUUGCAUAUUCUAUUUUAACUGCGCAUCAAGUUUGCUUGAAGAUAAAUUUGUUAUCGCACUUGCAGUAUAUGGGACACGGAUGCAACAACUCUAUUCCGUGUUCCACUUGCACUUGUGUGAUAACUCAUAUGGUCAACAGUGUUUGCGAGGUUGAGGUUGGACUGCCUGAAACAGUCCACACACUGAUCAGGUUUGACAUUUGAUAUACACGUACUCAUGUUCACAUUUGAUAUAUUCCAAAUAAUGUUGACUCGUUCAUAUCCAACUAAUUGUGUUGGAAGGGGUCAAACCACACAAAACUCAAUUAUACUGUACACACACUAAUUUUUGUUGGCAUAGACAAUUGUGGAUUCACUCUGCCAUAUAUGAUAGUAAGUAUGCUUUGUACUGCAUAGUCCCAAUGUACUCGAUUGUUUUUUUUAAAUAUCUUUCAGAACAGUUCACAUUGGAAAUUGAUAUCACUUUCAGACACCAAAAUUAACAGCCAAGUCAUCAAGCUCUAUGGUGUCUCCAUUUCUGCCCUGUUGUGUUCUCAUGUAAUGACUGCCUUAGCUAUGCAUUAUUUAGGUUUGAAUGAACCUCUUUAAAGAACACACAUGAAAUAUCGUCUGUGAAUUCAUAGCCGAGGUGGUGUUAAAAGCAUGUGUGCGCAGGUGUAUGUAAAAGCUACAACUGACUUAUAAUUAAAGACGAAUAAAAACAAGAUUUGGUUUUGGCGAUUAAA